AUGGAUCCUUCAACUGCACACAACCAGGAAAUGGGUUCCCAAACACUAGAAAGCAUGUUGGCUUGCACAAAACCCCAGCAAGAUAAGAAGCCAAGGCCUAGUGAGCAAUCCCUGAGAUGCCCUAGAUGUGAUUCCAACAACACAAAGUUUUGUUAUUACAAUAAUUACAGUCUGUCACAGCCCAGGUACUUCUGUAAAUCUUGCAGGAGGUACUGGACUAAAGGUGGAACAUUGAGAAAUGUUCCAAUGGGUGGAGGGUGCAGGAAGAACAAAAGAGCAUCAGCAAAGAGGAGCCAAGAACAACCUUUGACAGCAAAUUCCUCCAGUCCUUCUAGCUCUUCUUUUACACCUCUAUCAUAUGAUUCCAGUGAUCUCAACCUUGCAAUUGCCAGUCUUCCAAAUCAGACAACCGGAGUAAUGGGAUUUGACGGCCAUGAAUUUUCCAUGUUAGGUAAUCCCAACAUCCCUUGUUACGAUUCUGGGCUUUUCGAUGAAUUUAGGAGCGGAUUUCUUGAAACCCCGAAUCAUGAAUUUCAAAAUCUGUACUACGGGAAUGGAAACAUGGGGUACUUGGGAAAUGGUGGGACGAACAUGCAAAUUGAGGAGCUAAGUGCUGCACAAACAAGAGUGAAGCAAGAAAUGCACAACGCGAGAGAAGAUGAAAGAAGAGAAUUGUGGGGAUUCCCAUGGCAGCAAUUUGGCUAUGGGGAUGCAAACAAUAUGAAUGGAAUUGCCACAUCUUGGCAUGGACUUCUCAAUACCCCUCUCACGUAG